GUGUCAAAGAAUUUCAGUGAAGUCUUCCAGAAAUUAGUACCAGGUGGAAAAGCCACUCUGGUUAUGAAGAAGGGAGAUGUGGAAGGAAGUCAGUCUCAAGAUGAGGGAGAAGGAAGCGCUGAAAGUGAGAAGGGUUCCAGCUCACAGAGUAGCGUGCCAUCAGUUGACCAGUUUACUGGAGUCGGCAUCAGGGUUUCAUUCACCGGAAAGCAAGCAGAAAUGAGAGAAAUGCAGCAGCUGUCUGGUGGACAGAAAUCGCUGGUUGCUCUGGCACUUAUUUUCGCCAUCCAGAAGUGUGACCCUGCUCCAUUUUACCUUUUUGAUGAAAUUGACCAGGCACUGGAUGCUAUGCACAGAAAAGCUGUGUCAGAUAUGAUCAUGGAACUCGCUUCUCAUGCCCAGUUUAUUACAACAACUUUCAGGCCUGAACUGUUGGAAUCAGCUGACAAGUUCUAUGGUGUCAAAUUUAGAAAUAAGGUGAGUCAUAUUGAUGUGAUCACAGCAGAACAGGCCAAGGACUUCGUUGAGGACGAUACAACGCACGGCUGAAUGACCUUCAGAUCAUUUCUUUAGGAGAUGUUGUACAGAUUGUUAACUGUUGUUGAACAGACACUGGGUUAUGUAUAUUUAAAGAUAAAAUAUUUUGCCCUUGUUUAGAUAGGAUGUGAAAAGCUGUUUUAACACAUUGACCUGCAGGCUUAAAUAUUUUGUACUAUGAGCUAUAGCAUCCAUUUUACGUUUGUUUGCAAUGUGCUUUUAUACAAUGCCAGUUACUUUUGUCCUCUGUGCCUAUCCUAACUAUGCGUCUUUUGACAGUAUCCCUUUGCUGUUUUAAUAUUUUUUGAAAGUGUAUUUUCAAUUCCUGAUAUUUCCGUUCUGCCUUUGUUUUCUUUUAAAUAGCUUCAAUAAAACUGGAUUUUAUGUCAGUUCGUAAUGCCCCCUUGUGAUCAGUAAAACAAUAAAUAAUCCUUCUGAUUGUCUCUUUACAAGCUACGGCCACUUAAGUGCCAAGAAUAAUCACCUUUUAGAUUUCAAAUGGCUCCACUUGUAGUUUCAGACAGCUAGCGUUUAAAGUUCGCCCAGCAUAUCUUCAUAGUGCUCAUUACUGUCCAGGGCACAUGGGGCUUCUGUAGCUGACAGCUUCGGCUUAUCAGUGCUUUCAAUAGCUAAUAUAACAUUCCUGAAGUGCACAGACCAUCUCAUUGAGUUCUCUUCUCUCCUACUACAGCCAAAGAAUGUUUAGCUUUUAGAUACGAAUUAUGACAAUCAUGUUAAUGCUUUUUUAAUUGUUUAGUUACUCUAUAUUGUGCGUGCUCAAAAGCAUAACAUGUACAUUUCAGCAAUAAAUUUGCUUAAGUUAA